AUGAGGAGAAAAUCAGUUGCAAAGAAAGAUAAAUCAUCCCGAACAAGUACAAAUCCUACAUCUCCCUCCGCUUCAAUUAAGAAAACAAAGAAGAAGAGCAAGAAAUCGCGAACUGAAUCGAGAAGGGCCUACACAAUGUCUGAACUGCAUGUUGAUCCACUUCCAUCAAGUGAUGUUGCUACUUCUGUCCCUAAUCCUGCAGAAAGGAAUGUUGACACAUCUGGUAAGAAUUCUCUUAAUUUAGGUCUUAAUGUUCCAAAUCCUGCUGAAACCCUAGGUUUAAAGGACCCUGCUGUGUCUGAAAAAUUGGGGAAAAAUGUUCCUAACCCCCUACUGUUGUUGAUGCUAAUAUUGGAAAAUAUUGAGGACCAUUCCGAGUCUGAUGAGAGUCCUCAACCUAAGUCUGCUGAUAAAGACACUUCUGCUGAUAAGGUUGUUAAUGAAAAUCCUGAGGUUAUAAUUGUUAAUGAAAUAACUAUGAGUGAAAAGUCUAUUCCUGCAAAUUCUGAAGCUACAAGUCCUGAAUACAGGCAAGUUUUUGUUCGUGGAAAGUGUGUAAAAUUCUCACCAACUGUGAUUAACCAAUAUUUGCAAAGAAGUUCUGAUGAGGUGGCUGCUCUAAAAGUCACAGAUAAUGAGGUCUGCAAGGUCCUCACAGGUGAUGUAGCCAGAGGAUUGGGAAAGUUCAUAUAUGCUGUGGGUACAAAAGCAAAAUUUGAUUAUGGGGCAUAUUUCUUCCAAGAAACCUUAAGCCAUGCCCUGACUUAUGCUGUUGAGAAGCCAGUUGCUCUUCCUACUCUGUUAUGCAAUAUCAUCCUUGAGCAACACCCAGAUAUUCUGAGAACAGGUGUUGGCACAUCUGUCCAAGCUGGUGUACUCUCUAGGAAGCAGAUGAUUGCUGAUCUGACUGAGGCUAGCAGAGCCCUUGAGGCAAGAAAAUUGAAAAUUGAUCGUGUGAUAGAGGCCCUCAAGGUUGAGGAAGCUGCUGAGAAUGCUGAGGGUGAGCCUGAUGGACAAGAAGGUGAAGAAACUCGUGGCUCUGAUGAUGACACUGAGGAUUUGGAGGAGGACUCUGAUGAAAAAAAGAUCCCUCAACCCAAAACGAAAAUGAGUGAAAGAGUUUGGGAAUGGAGGAAUCCACAUCCUCCCCUCUUUAUGACCACUCAUGAAUAUGCAAUCUAA